GCUGUGUUUCUACUCGAGUACAAGUACCGACAUUGAAAGACCGAGUCUGAAAUCAGUCAUAAGAGUUUGAACUUUUUUUCUGCCCUCCGCUUCUUCUGCCUCUUGAGGUCACAAGGAGAGGAAGAACUGCGACACGUACUGCCAGCUAGAACCUAAAAUCCUUACAGUUACAGCUACAACUUCGCUAUUUUUUUCGAACGACAAAUGUCCUCAUCGCCCUCCGUCACCGGGGAGGACCCUCUGCGGCCGUACCGGACUGUGCAGCAUGGUGACGCAUUGGAAUUGCUUGGUAUCGGGUCUUUCGCCGGGCGGUGGGCCAAGAUUGCCGAAAAGGCAAAAAGUUUAUGGCAUGUGCCCACGACAACCACCACCAGCAGCAGUGGGAACAAGACGAAGAACGACCAGCCAUGCGCUGCAGCUGCUUCGUCCAGCCGUAGUGUCCCCGUCAGACGCGUUCGAGUGCAGCUGCGGCUGGCUAGUAUGGUAAAGGAAGGGUUCCGGCGGGAACUCAACCACAUUGCCAGCGCAGACUGGUCCUCGCGCCAGACCGGACUAACGCCGCGGGACAGCUGGGUAUCCCAAACGUUUCCGAGCGGCAGCUGGUGCGUUUUUACCAGCCUGCCGGACAUCUGCGAGAUGGUGGGGGAAGACCAAGACCUGCAGUUGGAGGACGAGGAGCUGAAGAUUUUCGUGUACAAGCUCUUCUUCAAAAACGCGGUGAAGGCGGUCCUGUGCGCUCUGCCCACCGACUCCCUGGCAGUGUUCUACCAAACGGACGUGAAGCCGGAUUUUCAGACGCAGGUCAGCAAGGCGAGUUUGGUCACGGACGCAGUGCGGGAGCUGGAGGAAGACUUUGUCGCCAUCGACGAGCAGCGAAUCCAGGCGAACCGGGCCGUCGGCAACACGCGGCUGGAGGCGAACCUGCUGCACCUGAAGCUCGCGUGGCACAAGAUUGCGGCGGACGCGUUCGACGUCCCCAAUAGUAACGGGAAGAAGCCCGGGUUCACGCACCUGCUGUGCGUGCGCAAGGGCAAUCCGCGCCCGUCGCUCAAGAACGAGCUGUGCGGCACCUGGGAGAAACUGGGUUGUGGUCUCGGCAAGCUGCAGCACUCCGUCCGGGCCAAGAUCCGCCGGAAGGACGUGUUGAAGGUGGUCACGACCGUCUCUCGGAAGCAGGAAAUCCACAUUCGCUCGUCGGUGCUCGCCUCGCACGGGCAAUUUGACGGGAAACCCGUGGCUCCAACGGCGGUCUGCCGCGUGCUGGCGGAGCCAAGCAGUCGGGACAGCGUAAAAAGGCCCUCUCCAGCCGCGGCCGACUGCUUGCUCGAAGUCACACUGUUUCACCAUCCGGAUCGCAACUCCGAUGCGAAAAGCUCGGCGAGUAGCAGCUGCUCCGCAAGCGAUUUCUGCCUCGAUAGUCGAGAGGAUGAAGUUUUUGUAAAGGGGAUGAAGACGGCUGAAAUAUGCAGCAAGGAAGCAGCUGCAUCCUGCCCCACUCCAGUGACAAAAAUAGAGGAGGAACAAAACAGCUCGUCAUGUGUGGCAUCGACGACAGCUUCCGGAAAUCACAACGAUAAAAAGGAGACAGAGAUGAACAAUCACGUUAAAAAAGAAGUACUAGAAGACAAAGGCAUGACGGAUGAAAAAAAAGAGGCUUCAGAUCAUGUUGAAGGCGCCUCAUCCUCCACCGAUGCUGCAGAGUCCAUCGCUGUCGCGUGCACCACACCUACGAAAAAGAUUCUUGCACCGAAGGAGGUACUCACCUCGGCGGAGGAUUUGGACUCAACGUGUGACAGCAUCCUGCAGCCCUCUCCCGUGGCUGCAACUGCGUCGCCAAACAGUACACCGGAGCGGCACGACGAUUCAUCAUCCUGUUCGGCAGACGGAGCUGCACACACUCUUGAUGAAGCUGCUCCUGCUGUCCCAAGAAGCUACGCUUCUCCCUCGUCCGAAGAUGUUGAGGGCAAUGCUGCAGGCUCUGUUGUCCUGGAGCCGAGGUCCGGGAACUCUUCGAUUGGGGCGAGUAGUUGUGCAUUUUCAACCGCUUCUCCGAAACUAGGGAACAAGUCGAACCCAGCUGGCUACGUGAAAAAGAUGCUGUUCCGGCGAGUUCCGGCUGUUCAAAGUGAAGAUAGCCCCGACGACACCUUCACUUCUGGAACUGGGACAAGAGGAUCGGGCAGUUGCUUUGACUUAAAACGUGCCGCAUCUAGUGACCUGUUGAUCGCUGAGUUCUUUGAUCGAAGCGGAAAAAACGUUUCCACAACAUCUACUUCUGGAACUGGUGCGCUUUGCAGUGCGGAUGCAACGACAAAACCUGCUCGUUGUGGUGAAGAGGAGACGAAAAACAAUAAAAAAGGCAACAAGAAAACCAAAGAAGCCCAGAACGCAAACGAGGUGUACGAACAGCAAAUGGCGUGGUCGCACGACGUACUGCCGGCGUUUUUGCACAAGGGAGGCAAGGCCGACGCGCAGCUGAAGCACCGCACGCGGUGCAUGGGUGUGGAGUGUACGAAACAAGUGCUCUCUUGGGUGAAAGACAAUUUCACUUUCGAUGGGGUUGUGGACCCGUUUUGCGGCUCCGGCACAGUCCUGGCAGUGGCAGAGGCACUUGGCUUUGAGUGGACCAGUGGGUGCGAUUUGAGUCGGCGCAGGGUUCGCCAAGCGCAGGGUAUCAAACUCAGUGCGGCCUUCGAGGACGCAAUAAGUGGGGCCCCUACCACAAGCACCAACCAGCUGACGAAGAACAACGAAAGCGAAGCCGACGAUGAGGAUAGCAUCAUUGCACGCAUGAAGUUUUCAACCGACUUGUAGAGGCGGUUUGUGCAGCGAUUAAUCUGGUAGGUCAAGAAGAAGAUGAAGAAGUAAUACAUAGAAAUAGAACGCACUAUGUGAAAAACAAACCAGUUCUUAUUAUUUGUGGAGACAUUCACACUGAUAGAGAAUCAGAAUCUUGUAGUGUAUUUGAGUCAACACUUUUCGUUUUCCCGAAGAACACGAACAUGACAAAAAUUGUGAAGACAGAUAGCACGGCUCACAUGUUCUCAUUCAAAGUAACCUACAACUUCGAAACCACGAUGUAGCGACAGAAGAACAAAAAGGAAAUGCGGCUGAAUCUAGUGCGAGAUUUCCUACGAAAGAAAUAUCUUCACGCGCAUGUGGCCACAUUCAGGUGGUCAUUUUUCCUCGUGCAUUUGGUUGAGUCGUGAGAGUUUGUGCUCGUGCUCAUG